AUGGCAUCCGCAUCCUCCUCGAACCCCGCGAUCCAGAAAUCAGACGAGCUGCUUCCUCCCCCCGAGCUGUCGCCAAACUCGAGCCAUACGUCGCAUACGAUUUUGACGCCCGAAGAUGAUUCUGAGGAUGAGGACGAAGAGGAGGGGUAUAAGAUGCGCAGGUUGAGUGGGGAGGGGAGGGAGAAGGUGUGGGAUGCUGAGGAGGAUGCGUUGGAGGAGAGUGAGGAGGAGGAGAGAGAUGCGGGGAGACGGAGGAGAUUGAGUAGGUCGAGUGUGGAGAGUUAUAAACUUUAUACGCCGGAUGAGGAGAGGGAGGUUGUAAGGAUUUUUGAUAAGAAGUUGGUUCUGUUUGUCGCAUUGCUUUAUAUGCUUUCGUUUUUGGAUCGCAGUAAUAUUGGGAAUGCGAAGAUUGCGGGGUUAGAUCUGGAUUUGGGUCUUGAUACUGUGAGGUACCAAUGGGUUAUCACGGCGUUUUAUAUUGCGUAUAUCUGCUUUGAGUGGAUGUCGAUUUUGUGGAAGAUUAUCCCGGCACAUAUCUAUGUCACCGCGAUCGUGUUGUCCUGGGGUAUUGUCGCCUCGUUACAGUCUGUCGCCACUUCAUUCGAAGGAUUGUUGGUUCUGCGGGUACUUCUUGGAAUCGGAGAAGCAGGAUUUACUGGAAUACCCUAUUACCUUUCAUUCUUCUUCAAACGAGAAGAACUAGCCCUGAGAACGGGCUACUUCAUCUCGGCAGCUCCUCUUGCAACCAGCUUCGCAAGCUCAAUAGCAUGGGCAAUCAUCUCACUCGGCAAGCACUCACCUAUUGCAUCCUGGCGUCUCCUCUUCCUCCUCGAAGGCUUCCCCAGCGUCCUCGUCGCAGUAAUAGCAUGGCACAUCAUCCCCGACUCCCCCUCAACAGCACCCUACCUAACCCGCCGCCAAAAGCGAGUCGCAUACCUCCGUCUUCGCUCUGAAGAAACACCACAUUCCCAUCCCUCCUCCUCCCACCUCAACACCUCCGACAUCCUCGACACCAUAACCUCCCCGCGCAUCUACCUAACAGCCUUCAUCUUCUUCCUCACAAACCUAGCCUUCUCCUCCCUCCCCGUCUUCCUCCCCACCAUCAUCCACGAAAUGUGGCACACAGUCUCAACCUCGCAAGCCCUCUCCGCCCCACCAUACCUCUUCUCCUUCCUCAUCGUCAUCCUCACCUCUUGGGCAAGCGACAAAUACCACACCCGCUCCCUCUUCAUCAUCCUGCACGCCCUCAUCUCCGCAUCCGGCUACGCCCUCCUAGCGCUCUCCCCAACCCUAAAUCUCUCCUCCGAAAUCCGCUAUCUCCUCCUCUUCCCCGCGGCCUCCGGCUUCUUCUCCGUCGUCACGCUCACUAUAACAUGGAGUAUCAACAACGAACCCUCGUCAUCCGGACGCGGUGUCGGGUUCGCGAUUCUGCAGGUUAUAGGACAGUGCGGACCGCUUGUCGGGACGCGGUUGUAUCCGGAUGAGGAGGCGCCGUAUUAUGUCAAGGGCAUGGGGGUUUGUGCUUUGAGUAUGGGAGAUGGAGGGGGGACGGGGGAGUAUGCUAAGCUUGGUGGGGGUGGGGGGAGGGAGAGGGAGAGGGAGUUUAGGUAUUUACUUUAA